AUGAGGCUCACACUGCUUCUACUCUUCCUAGUUGUGGCAACCCAAUCGCUCGAUCUUGGCAAAGUCAAAGAAUUCUUCAAAGGAGGAAAUCUCGGCGAAAAAAUUAAAGCCGCGACACUCUCGAAGUUCAAAAAGCUCUUCGAAAAGACUGGCGUUCUUUCACUUGGCAGCAAAUUGACUGAGUUGAGAAGUAAGAUGAUGAAAAAGCUUCAACUAUCGAAUGAAAAGAAAGCAGAAAUUGAUCGCAAGCUCAAGGGAGCCGAGACGAUACCGUUGAAGACACGAAAGGCACGAUAUUCGAAGAUCAAUUCAGAGAAGAACGUCGGCAAAGUUCUUUUCCAGAGUGACAUCCUGCUGACAAAGAGACAACAAGAAGAAGUAAUGGAAAGCGUCGAAGGAACGUCCGGUCGAUCCAAAAGACAAGCGUUCAAGGAUCAAGCAUAUCCUAACACCACGUGGCAACAAGGAGUCUUCUACCGCUUCGACGAUGGUGUAGACCCUUAUGUAAGGAGAAUAUUCCAAAUGGGUGCGAAACAAUGGGAAGACGUAACCUGCCUGAACUUCACUGAAGAUAAAGACAAAAAAGGUUCACCCAUCAUAAAACAACCGAUGGCUGAUGACAUAAUCAUCUGA